AUGGCAUCAGAGGAAAACAUCAUAGUACAGUGUCAUUGUCCGGGCCACCCUCUGAUUAAUAAGACAUAUAAUGUUGAAAGCACACGGCUUCACUUUGUCUCCAGAGUCUGUGGUCUAGCAGAACCUCAGAUAGCACUGUGUGCAGAUGUGUGCCCACUACUUACAUCCCUCUUAGAGGGUAAGUCAUGCUCUGAUUCUGGAGCCCAGGGGGCCAUGGAGCUCAGGGAGUGCUCAGAAGAGCAGCUGGUGGCUUGGAGUUCUGUUCAAGAUGAGUUCGGAAAACAUCUGGGCUAUAAGAACUGUCUAGAAAUGGAUUCUCAGCCUCGCCAAGCAGAGAAUCCCAUUACUGACAUAGAAAACCCAUCGGGAAGUGCAAAGGUAGAUGGUUCCAUAGUGGAAACUUAUAACCAUGACAUUUUUGGUCUCCUGGCCAAAGACAAUUCUACAGUGGUAUGUGGGGUCAAGUGUGAGGUGGUAACAACACAGGACGAAUGGACGGAGGUCCCCCUUCUGACUCAUGAGGCCAUUACCAGUGUUCGUGAGUUCAUGGAGCUUUUCCACCAAGGCCUGCAGCUUAGGGUGAAGAACCCUACCCUGGUGCAUGCAGAUUCUUCUAGAUCUCACCGGGUCAUAAUGGCAACUCUGACCACAGCCUGCUCCUUGGCCAGCAUCGGCCCUUGGGACCUUGUGGGUGGCUGGAACCAAGUGUGGUCCAGGCUGCAGUUCGUGGACUCAGCCGGCAGUGAGUGUGUAGGUAUGUCCGGGGUGACAGGCUUGGCACUGAGGGAAAUCUCAUUCAUCAACCACAGUCUUGCCACCCUGGGGUAGAUCUUGGGUGCCUUGUCUGAGCACGACAAGGACCACAUCCCAUACCACCAGAACAGCAAGCGAGUGAGCUUGCUGCAGGGCUCCAUCAGUUCGUCCUCCUGUAGUCCCUGGGGCUCCAGGUGCAUGUCUUCUGUGCAGAAUCAUAUGAUGGAGACACUAUAGGGCCUUGGGUUUGGGACUAGAGCUCAGCAGGUUAAGUGAGGAUGGGCAAGGAAGAAGUCUCCCCACUCUAGAUUAGGCACAGCCUAG